AGACCAUGACCUAAUCCUACUACGCGUCAUACGGAAGAUUAAGUGUCAAUUUGACAGAAAGUUCGAUGUGACAAAUUCACCUGUCAAAAUCGGUCGACCCCACGCAAGAGUCAGAAUAGAGCGAUGGACAUACUUCGUAUCUUCCGGAUGAAUGAACCUGUCUCUAAAGAGUUGCUUUCGAAAAAGGACGAGCUUGGACAGUACAAAGAAGUGGUGCAAGAAAAAGAUGUACUGCUUAAAAAUCAUCGAGCUAGAAUAAAGGAGUUGGAAAAAGAGGUAGCUGAUCUCAAAGCUAGGGAUGCCAAAUUAGAGAACCACUCAAGAACACAAGAGGAAAAACUGUCGCCCUUCCAAGCCCGACGCCUCCUGUGUUGCCAGAUCGAACGCUACGUUGCUAGUCUCAUCACUUAAUUUACAGACCUCAAUAGUUGAGGACUCAGAAUUCCAGAAGGUAAUGGGCGACUAUGACGAACUCUUCCACAGAGUUUGGAAUGAACGAGAACACCUUUUAAAUAAAAACGAAACCUUAGAACGACACGUGCAAAAUCUAGAAGAAUCUUUCAGUAACUUACUGGACAAACUUGCUAAGUCGCGCAUGGUGAUUGAAAACCUCAUGGAAAAUCAAGAAGUCAUGAAAAGUGAACUAACUCAAUACAAGGACACCAUACAUGUACUCGAGGAGAAGUAUAAUUCGCUGAAAAAAUAUUCUGAAAGCAAAAUAGCUGAAGCCAACUCAGAUAUCGAAACUAGGGAAAAGGGGAAUAUUCAGGAGGUAGCGAUGUUGAAGGCUAAGAUAUUACAGAGCCAGGCAAAAAUAAAUGAACUAGAAAAAUACGUGAAGUUCGAGGAUAUCUCCAAGAGACAAUCCAUGUUUGAGCCACUCAAAAGUAAUAUAACUAAGUUUUGAAGUGUAUAUUUGUGAUGUACGUAUGCAUAAACUGGCAGAAUAUACACUUUUCACAUCCA